AUGACCCGAGUGCGGGUCGAGGGCUUGCUCUCGGCGUUUCCCAAACUCGUAAGCGCCGGGAAGCAGCACACGUACGUGGAGACGGAAAACGUGCGAUACGUCUAUCAACCGCUCGAGUGCGGGACGUUGUACCUGCUCUUGGUGACGACGAAAGGGAGUAACAUUUUAGAGGAUUUGGAUGUCUUGCGGUUGCUGGCGAAGACACUGCCGGAGUACACGCAGGGGCAGGUGGACGAGGAAGGGGUCUCGUACGCGGCGUUCGACUUGAUUUUUGCCUUUGACGAGAUCAUCUCACUCGGGUACAAGGAAAAUGUCACCAUGGCGCAGGUGAAGACGUUCACGGAGAUGCAAUCGCACGAGGAAAAGCUACACAAGAUGAUGAUUCAGAGCAAGAUUAACGAUACGAAGGACGUCAUGCGACGCAAGGCGACGGAAAUUGACAAGGUGAAGCUCGAGUCGAAGAUUCAGCAGCAAGCAAUGCACGCGCGCGGUGGCGCGUACAGCGCCCUGAACCAAGGAUUUGGCUCGCGCACCGCGGGUGGGUUCGGUGGCAGCCCGAGCGGUGGAUUUGGCGGUGGGUUCGGCGGCGGAAACCAACCGUUUGGUGGACCCGCCGGAUUCGAAGACGGUCGAGACGACGAGUUCGGAUACCUCGGCCGAAGCGGGAGCGAAGGUGGCGGAUUCGACGGCGAACGCCCGAGCGGUGGCUUCCGUUCUAAGUACAGCGAAGACCUUGGCGGCUACGGGCAAUCCGGAAAGGGAUCUGGCAUGCCGCAAAAGUCUCUCGCUGGUCCGAAGAAGGGCAUGCAGCUCGGUGGCAAGCCGAAGACGAACCAGUUCCUCGAAAGUUUGCGCGCCGAGGGCGAAUCGGUGGAGCCAGACUUUGAGCCUAUGCGUUCGAGCGUGCCGGAGCCCGCGCCCGCGCCCGCGAUGCCCACUGAGAGCGUGAGCUUGGUCAUCGAAGAAAAGCUCAACGUAUCGUUGAACCGCAACGGUGGCUUGGAGCAGAUGGAGCUGCAGGGCAACAUGCUCCUCGAGGUGCGCAACGAGGACGACGCGUUGAUUCGCGUCAUGACCAAGGCUGGGGCCAACUCGGGAUUCCAGUUCAAGACGCAUCCGAACAUCGACAAGGGCUUGCACGCGAACGAGGGUGUUUUAGGCUUAAAGGAUCCGAACCGGCCUUUCCCGUGCGGUUCGGCGUUGGGCGUCUUGAAGUGGCGUUUCACCACCAAGGAUGAAUCGCAGUUACCGAUCAGCAUCAACUGCUGGCCGACCAUCAACGGCGGAGAGACCGCGGUGAGCAUCGAAUACGAGGCGACGGAUGCGAUGGACUUACAGCACGUCGUCAUCUCCGUCCCCUGUCCACCUUGCCGCGAUCCACCGGUGGUGAACUCGUGCGAUGGAGAGUUCCGCUUUGAUGCGCGACACGGGGUCAUGGAGUGGAACAUCGAGCUGAUCGACAGUAGCAACCGAAGUGGCAGCAUGGAGUUCAUCAUCCCGGUUGCGAACACUGAGGCGUUCUUUCCCAUUGACGUGAACUUCUCGUCGACGCAAACGUUCUGCGAUAUUGACAUCACCAGCAUUGCUCGCACCACUGAUGGCGCUCCAGUGACGUUUGCGUGCAAGAAGAUGAUGCUCUCCGAUUCGUAUCAAGUCGUCUAG